GGGGCGUGGCCGCGGGCGGCAGGCGGUGGGCCGCGGGUGGGGCAGGAGGCGGUGGGAGUCCCGGCUGCUGGCCGUGCACCUGAGAGCUGACGCCCGAGUCCUCGAAGCUGCGCUCGCCCCGGUCCCCGUCGCCAUGAGCCGCUUCAAGGUGUCCAAGUUCCGGCACACGGAGGCCCGGCUGCCCCGCCGCGAGGCCUGGAUCAGUGACAUUCGAGCAGGAACUUCCCCCUCAUGUGGAAAUCUUAUCAAAUCUAGCUGCCGCUUGAUCGCGUUUAACACCAACCAUCCAGGUGCGUUGGGCAUUGUGCCUCUGGAAGGCCAGGGAGAGGACAAGAGACUCGUGACCCACCUAGGCUGCCAUUCAGACCUGGUCACGGACUUGGACUUCUCUCCCUUUGACGACUUCCUCCUGGCGACAGGCUCGGCUGACAGGAUGGUGAAGCUGUGGCGGCUGCCAGCCCCCGGCCAGGCACUGCCCUCGGGGCCUGGGCUGGUGCUGGGCCCGGAGGACCUUCAGGUUGAGGUGCUGCAGUUCCACCCAACCGCUGAUGGCGUCCUGCUGAGCGUGGCAGGCAGGGCCCUGAAGGUCUGGGACGCCACCCAGCAGCAGCCCCUCACGGAGCUGGUGGCCCAUGGGGACCUGGUGCAGGGUGCUGUCUGGAGCCGGGAUGGAGCCUUGGUGGGCACAAUGUGCAAGGACAAGCAGCUGCGGAUCUUCGACCCCAGAGCAAAGCCCGAGGCCUCCCAGGAGACCGUGGGAAGCUUGAAGGAAGCUGGCCACAGUUUGGGGGACCAGGAAGUCUUCCUACCCACAGCUCUAGCACCGACGGAGGGCUACGAGGGGCACUUUCCUGCCCUACUGAAGAGCACACGGGCCCAUGAGAACAGCAGGGAUGGCCGGCUGGUGUGGACAGGCACCCAGGAGCACCUCGUGUCUACUGGAUUCAACCAGAUGCGUGAGUGUGAAGUGAAGCUCUGGGACACCCGGCAUUUCUCCAGCGCCCUCACUUCGGUCACCCUGGACACCUCGCCCGGGUCGCUGAUGCCCCUGCUGGAUCCGGACUCCGGGCUCCUGGUCCUGGCGGGAAAGGGUGAGAGCCGGCUGUACUGCUAUGAGGUGGUCCCACAGCAGCUGGCACUGAGCCCAGUGACCCAGUGCCUCCUGGAGAGUGCGCUGCGGGGGGCAGCCCUGGUACCUCGGCGGGCGCUGGCCGUCAUGGGCUGCGAGGUGCUCCGUGUCCUGCAGCUGAGUGACACAGCCAUCAUACCCAUCAGCUACCAUGUGCCCCGCAAGGCUGUGGAAUUCCAUAAGGACCUGUUCCCAGACGCCACUGGCUGUGUACCUGCCUCUGACCCCCACACCUGGUGGGCGGGGAGCAACCAGCAGGUACAGAAGGUCAGCCUUGACCCGGCCUGCAGGCCCCGUGCCAGCUUUACUUCCUGCCUGGUGUCCCCUGCGGAGUUCCCCCCUGACCCAGCCCAGCCUGUGGAGACGCCCGUGGGCGACAUGGACCCCAGUGAGGGCUUCUUCUCCCCACCCAGCUCGCUGCCCUCGCCCUCCACGCCCUCCAGCCUGGGACCCUCGCUCUCCAGCACCAGCGGCAUUAGCACCAGCACCAGCCAGAGGUCACUGCAGAGCAUGCUGGGUCCCAGUUCCAAGUUCCGCCAUGCUCAGGGCACCGUCCUUCACCGAGAUACCCACAUCACCAACCUCAAGGGGCUCAACCUCACCACACCUGGUGAGAGUGAUGGCUUCUGUGCCAACCAGCUACGUGUGGCUGUGCCCCUGCUCAGCAGCGGUGGGCAAGUGGCCGUGCUCGAGCUGCGGAAGCCCGGCCGCCUGCCCGACACAGCACUGCCCACUCUGCAGAAUGGGGCGGCCGUCACUGAUCUGGCCUGGGACCCCUUUGACCCCCACCGCCUCGCUGUGGCUGGGGAGGACGCCAGGAUCCGACUGUGGCGGGUGCCCCCAGAGGGCCUGGAGGAGGUGCUUGCCACACCUGAGGCAACGCUCACAGGCCACACGGAGAAGAUCUACUCUCUGCGCUUCCACCCACUGGCAGCCGAUGUGCUGGCGUCCUCUUCCUAUGACUUUACCGUUCGGAUCUGGGACCUUGAAGCUAGAGCUGAGCGGCUGAGGCUGCGGGGCCACCAGGACCAGAUCUUUGGCCUGGCCUGGAGUCCCAACGGGCAGCAGCUGGCCACUCUCUGCAAGGAUGGGCGCCUACGAGUCUACGAGCCUCGGAGUGGCCCUGAGCCGCUGCAGGAAGGCCCAGGGCCCGAAGGGGCCCGUGGAGCCCGCAUUGUCUGGGUGUGUGAUGGUCACUGUCUGCUGGUAUCUGGCUUUGACAGCCGAAGCGAGCGCCAGCUGCUCCUAUACUCAUCCGAUGCCCUGGCCGGCGGCCCCUUGUCAGUGCUGGGGCUGGAUGUGGCCCCCUCCACACUGCUGCCCAGCUACGACCCGGACACCGGCCUGGUGCUCCUCACGGGCAAGGGUGACACCCGCGUGUUCCUGUAUGAGCUGCUUCCCGAGGCUCCCUUCUUCCUGGAGUGCAACAACUUCACGUCCUCAGACCCUCACAAGGGCUUCGUCCUCCUGCCCAAAACGGAAUGUGACGUGCGGGAGGUAGAGUUUGCCCGAUGCCUGCGGCUUCGUCAGACCUCCCUGGAGCCUGUCGCCUUCCGGCUACCCCGAGUCAGGAAAGAGUUCUUCCAGGAUGAUGUGUUUCCAGACACAGCCGUGAGCUGGGAGCCGGUGCUCAGUGCCAAGGCCUGGCUGGGAGGUGCUAACGGGCAGCCCCGGCUUCUCAGCCUGCAGCCUCCCGGCAUGACCCCAGUGAGCCAGGCCCCCCGUGAAGCCCCUGCCCGGCGGGCCCCGUCCUCGGUGCUCUACCUGGAAGAGAAGUCAGACCAGCAAAAGAAGGAAGAGCUGCUGAAUGCCAUGGUGGCAAAGCUGGGGAACAGGGAGGACCCACUCCCCCAGGACGCCUUUGAAGGACUAGCCUGCCCACCUGCCACCUCUGGCCUCACCUGCCACUGCCACCUCUUAGAACCACCUCGUGCCCCCUGCACACCUCACCUCUCACCCUCAAACUGGGAGACAAACACCUUUGAGCUCUGGAGCACCUUAUCCCAGAAGCCCUGGCUUCCUUUGGGCCUUGGCUAUGUCCAUGGCCUCUGGGUUCCUCCAUAACUCUUGUGGAUCAGCUACACCUCUGCUUUCUUUGGGAAUGGCUGCUUCUCUUCAACUGCCUGCUAGCAUGUGGAGCGAGGGGUAGGGGGGUGGGAGUCAGCAGCAUGUAUCUGGGCAGGCCCUGGGCUGCCUGUAUUCCUUCCUGCACCUGGGCUGGUCCCAGCCUGGGCUCCCUUCGCCCAGCACUUUCAGUUAUUUCAAGCCAACCCUUCUUGCCUGUUGCUCUAGCCAAUUGCCUUGGGGGCUGGCCCCCACCAGGCUCUUUGGAGCAGCACCAGCCCCAGGGGCCUGGGACCAGUCACCUUGCCCCCAGGCUUGAAGCCAGGAGAAGGGGGUAUUACAGAGCUGUUGGCCCAACUAAGGAGGGCAUGAGUCCUACAGGGGCUGGCCUGCACAUGCCCGGGAUGUUUUCAAUAAUUAAACUUUUUUAAGCUGUC